UGAUAACUAUAUCAAAAUAUUAUCGGCGCAUGUAUUUGGACAAUCAACUCAAAGUGUUUGAUAUCUGUUCGACUCUGAGGUUUGAAUUAAGCCAAGGUUCACGACCAAAUUUCUUAAUAUUCAAUUAGUGUAAUUUCGACUCCCACAAAGAAAGUUUGCUCAAUUUCAAUAUCAUGGGGAAACCGAUACUAUACGGAACUCACUUGAGUCCUCCGGUGCGUUCAGUUCUUUUAGUGGCAAAAGCAAUCGAUCUUGAGUUGGAGUUUCGUGAAGUGAAUAUACUAACAUUUGAAAAUAGAAAGCCGGAAUUUGUGGAGAAAAAUCCACAACGUACUGUGCCGACUCUUGAAGAUGACGGCAACAUUAUCUGGGACAGUCAUGCCAUUGUAGCUUACCUGGUGGGCAAAUACGCCAAAGAUGACGCCCUUUACCCAAAGGAUUUAUACAAACGAGCAGUGGUUGAUCAACGAUUGCAUUUUGAUACGGGAAUCUUGUUUGUUCGACUCAGAUCGAUCUUAGUACCAAUCCUUUUCUUGCGUAGACCCGAAAUACCCCAGAAAAAACUUGAUGCUCUCAGCGAAGGAUACGCUUUCAUAGAUAAGUUUUUAGCUAAAGAUCCUUAUUUGAGCGGCGCAUCACUAACAGUUGCUGACCUGUGCUGCAUUGCUACGAUAUCGUCAAGUCAGACUGUGCUUCCUGUUGAUCCAGAAAAAUACCCAAAUUUAACUGCUUGGAUAAAACGUAUCGAAUCGUUGCCUUUCUAUGAAGAAGUUAAUGGACAAUACGUGAAGAAAUUAGCCGCACUAAUCAAUCUUAAGAUUCAAGAGGCAUCGAAAGAUGGCGAAAAUUAACUUUAUUAGUUCGCAAUCAAUCUCUAAGUAUACAUAUGUAUAUAUGUUUCGUACUUCUGUAUCAGGUUGCUUAUAAACUUUAUCAAAACUAAA